CGGCGGGAGUUCGCGGGCGCAGACUGAGCGGCCGCGCGCGGUUCCCCCACCACACACACCCGCCCAUUCACUGUUAGCAGUAGGCAGUUCACUCGGGGGGAGUUCGAUAGACAAUGUCCGAGGACUUGGACUCGAUCAGCGAGGAAGAACGAAGCUUGUUCCGACCCUUCACACGAGAGUCACUGGCCGCUAUCGAAGCCCGCAUAGCUGAGGAACAUGCCAAGCAAAAGGAACUCGAGAAAAAACGAGCGGAAGGCGAGGUGCGUUACGAUGACGAGGACGAAGACGAAGGGCCGCAGCCGGACGCGACCUUGGAGCAGGGGCUGCCUCUGCCCGUGCGCAUGCAGGGCUCCUUCCCAUUGGAGCUCGCCUCCACGCCCCUCGAGGACAUCGACCCCUUCUAUCAUAAUCAAAGAACCUUCGUAGUCAUAAGCAAGGGUAAAGAUAUCUUCAGAUUUUCGGCCACCAACGCCCUAUUUCUAGACCCAUUCAACCCAAUAAGAAGAGUGGCGAUAUACAUAUUGGUGCAUCCACUAUUCUCUCUGUUUAUCAUCACUACGAUCUUAGUAAACUGCAUUCUUAUGAUAAUGCCCACCACACCGACUGUCGAAAGUACUGAAGUUAUCUUUACCGGGAUCUACACCUUUGAAUCUGCGGUGAAAGUAAUGGCCAGGGGUUUCAUACUACAGCCAUUCACAUACCUUAGAGAUGCAUGGAAUUGGCUUGACUUCGUAGUAAUAGCUUUAGCUUAUGUGACGAUGGGAAUAGAUUUGGGCAACUUGGCCGCGCUCAGGACGUUCAGGGUACUGCGAGCGCUGAAGACUGUGGCCAUCGUACCGGGAUUGAAGACCAUCGUUGGAGCCGUGAUAGAGUCCGUAAAGAAUCUGCGAGACGUGAUCAUCCUGACUAUGUUCUCUCUGUCAGUCUUCGCGUUGAUGGGGCUGCAGAUCUACAUGGGGGUACUGACGCAGAAGUGCAUCAAGGUGUUCCCUGAAGACGGCUCCUGGGGCAACCUCACGGACGAGAACUGGGAACGAUUCUGUCAGAACGAAACGAACUGGUACGGAGGGGAUGGGGAGUACCCAUUGUGUGGGAAUUCAUCGGGCGCGGGGCAAUGCGAACCAGGCUACAUCUGCUUGCAAGGCUACGGUCCGAACCCUAAUUAUGGCUACACCAGCUUUGAUACCUUCGGUUGGGCCUUCCUCUCCGCCUUCCGCCUUAUGACCCAGGACUACUGGGAGAAUCUGUAUCAGUUGGUAUUAAGAUCAGCGGGGUCGUGGCACGUAUUGUUCUUCGUGGUAAUCAUCUUCUUGGGCUCCUUCUAUCUCGUGAACUUGAUCUUGGCUAUCGUCGCCAUGUCAUACGAUGAGUUGCAAAAGAAGGCCGAAGAAGAAGAGCAAGCCGAAGAGGAGGCUCUGAGGGAAGCUGAACAGAAAGCAGCCGCUCGCGCCGACAAGCAAGAAGCGAGAGAAGCGCACGCGCGCGAGCAAGCGGCGGCUGCAGAAGCGGCCGCGUACGCGGAAGCGCAUCCCGCCAAGUCUCCCAGCGACUACUCCUGCCAGAGCUACGAGUUGUUUGUGAACCAGGAGCGCGGCAACCAGGACGACAAUACGCGGGAGAGAAUGUCCCUCCGUAGCGACCCCUUCGCGGACUCGGUGAGCACUCAGCCCACGCACAAGCCCACCGAACAGCACCACGACAGCGCACGCCGGCCCAGGAAGGUCAGCAUGGCUUCAUUAUCGCUGCCGGGAUCACCUUUUAACUUGCGGCGAGGGUCACGAGGUUCACAUCAAAUGGCUCUGCGGCCGAAUGGAAGACCUCGGUAUCCACCAGGGGCGGAUCGUAAACCACUGGUUCUGUCGACGUAUCUGGAUGCUCAGGAACACUUGCCGUAUGCCGACGAUUCCAAUGCCGUUACUCCGAUGUCCGAAGAAAAUGGUGCUAUCAUUAUCCCUGUGUAUUAUGCGAAUUUAGGAUCAAGACAUUCUUCAUACACGUCCCAUCAAUCGCGGCUGUCGUACACGUCUCACGGGGAUUUGCUGGGUAACAACAAGGCACAGACCAAAGAGGCUAGACUCCGAGGUCGGUCGGCUUCGCGGAACCAUAGUGUGACGUCACAGCCUCAUGCCUACCCACUGCCCAGGCAGGACUCUUCACUCGCUACCAGACCACUUCGAGAAUAUGAGCCAGAAUGUACGGACGAGGCUGGCAAAGUCUUAAAACCUUCCAACGACAAUCCCUUUAUUGAGUCUUCGCAACAGCCUAACGUAGUAGACAUGAGAGAUGUUAUGGUUCUGAACGAAAUCAUCGAACAAGCUGGCAGGCAGAGUCGAGCAAGCGAUCACAACGCGGAAGAGGAUGAAGAUGGGCCGACGUUCAAAGAGAAGCUUCUGGAAUGUUUCAUGAAGGGGAUAGACGUGUUCUGUGUUUGGGACUGCUGUUGGUUGUGGCUGGAGUUUCAAAAGUAUGUCGCGUUGCUGGUGUUUGACCCGUUCGUGGAGUUGUUUAUCACGCUGUGUAUUGUGGUCAACACGUUGUUCAUGGCAUUGGAUCAUCACGAUAUGGACAGAGAUAUGGAGAAGGCGCUCAAGAGCGGCAAUUAUUUUUUCACUGCUACUUUCGGUAUUGAAGCUAUGUUGAAGUUAAUAGCAAUGAGUCCGAAAUAUUAUUUCCAAGAAGGAUGGAAUAUUUUUGACUUUAUCAUCGUGGCCUUAUCACUUUUGGAGCUGGGGCUCGAAGGAGUUCAGGGUUUGUCAGUUUUGCGUUCCUUUCGUUUGCUUCGAGUAUUCAAAUUGGCAAAGUCAUGGCCGACACUUAAUUUACUCAUCUCUAUAAUGGGUAGGACAAUGGGUGCCUUGGGCAACCUGACCUUCGUAUUGUGCAUCAUUAUUUUCAUAUUUGCCGUGAUGGGUAUGCAACUGUUCGGGAAAAAUUACGUGGAUUAUGUGGACCGGUUCCCAAAUGGAGAGUUACCAAGGUGGAACUUCACAGAUUUCAUGCACAGUUUCAUGAUCGUGUUUAGAGUGCUCUGCGGAGAAUGGAUAGAAAGUAUGUGGGACUGUAUGUUGGUGGGAGACGUCUCAUGUAUACCCUUCUUCUUGGCUACUGUCGUUAUCGGAAAUCUUGUGGUACUUAACCUCUUCUUGGCCCUGUUACUGUCAAAUUUUGGUUCCUCGAGCUUAUCAACACCAACUGCUGAUCAAGAUACUAACAAAAUAGCUGAAGCCUUCAACCGGAUAUCAAGGUUCAUUGACUGGACGAAACGAAAUGUUGCUGACUUCUUGAAAUUGCUAAAGAACAAGUUGACUAAUCAGAUAGCUAUACACGCUCCCGAACGAGUGGACAACGAACUUGAACUUGGUGCAGAUCUGGAUGAUGCUGUUUUGUACAAAGACAAGAAACUAAAGGAUCAAGUAGAAGUAGCCAUAGGCGAUGGAAUGGAAUUUACGAUACCAGGAGACAAUAAAUAUAAAAAGGGAAAAAUAUUAAUGAAUAACAUUAAUGCUAUAACAGAUAAUCAUAGAGACAACCGAUUAGACUGCGAAUUAAAUCAUCAUGGAUAUCCAAUCCAGGAUGAUGAUACAAUUAGUCAAAAAUCGUAUGGUAGCCAUAAAAUUAGGUCAUUUAAAGAUGAAAGUCACAAAUGUUCUACAGACACAAUAGAUGGAGAAGAAAAAAAAGAUGCUAGCAAAGAAGAAUUAGGUUUAGAAGAAGAAAUGAUUGAAGAGGAAGAAGAUAAAAUAGACGGUAUUCUUGGGAAGACAGAUAUUGUAGUGGCAGCUGAUGAAGACGUAGUAGACGAUACACCAGCUGACUGCUGCCCUGACCCAUGUUACCAGAAAUUCCCAUUUUUGGCGGGAGACGAUGAGUCACCCUUCUGGCAAGGCUGGGGGAUGCUCAGAUUAAAGACUUUCAGACUUAUUGAGAACACCUACUUUGAAACGGCUGUGAUAACUAUGAUUUUGCUCAGUAGUUUGGCUUUGGCGCUAGAAGAUGUCCAUUUACCUCAUCGACCGAUUCUUCAAGACAUCUUGUAUUACAUGGAUCGAAUUUUCACUGUAAUCUUUUUCAUCGAGAUGUUAAUCAAGUGGCUUGCUCUCGGCUUCCAGAAAUACUUCACAAACGCUUGGUGUUGGCUCGAUUUCAUCAUUGUCAUGGUCUCGCUUAUAAACUUCGUAGCGGCGCUUUGUGGCGCCGGAGGCAUUCAGGCGUUCAAAACGAUGCGAACGCUCCGCGCACUGCGCCCGCUCAGAGCCAUGAGCCGCAUGCAGGGCAUGAGGGUGGUGGUGAACGCACUGGUGCAAGCGAUUCCAUCCAUCUUCAACGUGCUUCUCGUGUGCCUCAUCUUCUGGCUAAUCUUUGCAAUCAUGGGGGUCCAACUCUUCGCUGGAAAAUAUUUUAAGUGUGUCGACUUAAACCAUACAACUCUGAGCCAUGAAAUUAUACCAGAUCGAAACGCUUGUAUUCUCGAAAACUAUACUUGGGAAAACUCACCGAUGAACUUCGAUCACGUCGGCAAGGCAUACUUGUGCCUGUUCCAAGUGGCUACAUUCAAGGGCUGGAUUCAAAUCAUGAACGAUGCUAUCGAUUCUAGAGAAGUUGGUCGUCAACCAAUAAGAGAGACAAAUAUUUACAUGUACUUAUACUUUGUAUUCUUUAUUAUAUUUGGCUCAUUCUUCACUCUUAAUCUAUUUAUCGGAGUUAUCAUCGACAAUUUCAACGAACAGAAGAAGAAAGCAGGUGGUAGUCUCGAGAUGUUCAUGACAGAAGAUCAGAAGAAAUACUACAAUGCUAUGAAAAAAAUGGGUUCCAAAAAGCCUUUGAAAGCUAUACCGAGACCUAAGUGGCGUCCACAAGCUAUAGUGUUUGAAAUUGUGACCGAUAAGAAAUUCGACAUGAUCAUUAUGUUGUUCAUCGGUUUGAACAUGUUGACUAUGACCCUUGACCACUACCAACAGUCAGAUACAUUUAGCAAUGUACUCGACUACCUCAACAUGAUAUUCAUAGUAAUAUUUAGUUCAGAGUGCCUAUUGAAAAUAUUCGCCUUACGAUACCAUUAUUUCGUCGAGCCAUGGAAUUUGUUUGAUUUUGUCGUCGUCAUGUUUUCUAUUCUAAGUUUGGUGUUGAGCGAUAUCAUUGAAAAAUAUUUUGUAUCACCAACUCUCUUGAGAGUAGUAAGAGUAGCAAAAGUCGGCCGAGUGCUUCGAUUGGUGAAAGGCGCCAAAGGCAUCCGGACGUUACUGUUUGCGCUAGCUAUGUCACUGCCAGCUCUAUUUAAUAUCUGCCUCCUGUUGUUCCUCGUCAUGUUUAUCUUUGCGAUAUUCGGCAUGUCAUUCUUCAUGCAUGUAAAGGACAAAGGAGGGUUAGAUGACGUAUACAACUUCAAAACUUUCGUCCAGAGCAUGAUUCUGCUAUUCCAGAUGUCAACAUCCGCCGGCUGGGACGGUGUGUUAGAUGGCAUCAUUAACGAAGAGGAAUGUGAUCUGCCAGACAACGAGCGUGGCUCGCCCGGCAACUGCGGCUCCGCUACCAUCGGCAUCACAUACCUGCUCUCCUACCUCGUAAUAUCUUUCCUUAUUGUUAUCAACAUGUACAUCGCUGUCAUUCUCGAGAACUACUCGCAGGCAACUGAAGAUGUACAAGAAGGUCUCACGGACGACGACUACGAUAUGUAUUACGAGAUUUGGCAACGUUUCGAUCCAGACGGAACUCAGUACAUUCGGUACGACCAAUUGUCGGAUUUCCUCGACGUACUCGAGCCGCCGUUGCAGAUCCACAAGCCAAACAAGUACAAAAUUAUUUCCAUGGACAUACCAAUAUGUCGCGGCGAUAUGAUGUUCUGCGUAGAUAUCCUCGAUGCACUUACGAAAGACUUCUUCGCGAGGAAGGGCAACCCAAUCGAAGAUCCCGGUGAUAUCGAGGUCGGGCGACCGGAUGAAGUCGGCUACGAGCCGGUGUCAUCGACGCUGUGGCGUCAGCGAGAAGAAUACUGCGCACGGCUGAUCCAGCACGCGUGGCGGCGGCACAGGCGAGCGGGCGCGGGUGAUUCGCCGGGCGGCGGCAGCGGGGCGGGCGCGGGCGCGGACACAGCAGUGCUGUUGGACGCCGUGACGCCCAACGGCCACCGCGUGGUGCUGCAGGCGGCGGGAGCGGCGCCGCGGCCGCCCGAGCCCGCGCCGCCGCCCGCGCCCGUCUGACCCGCGCUGGCGCUCGCGCUGCUGCCCGCGCUGGUCGACGACGCGCCGCUGCCGCUGCCCGCACCGCUGCCCGAGCUCCUGAGCCCACCCAAGCGCACUUAAUUAUUUUUUACGCUAGACGUUUUGCAUUGUACAUAGUA